UCAGACAGGACUGAGUGACUGAGCACAUACAUUAUAUGAGUUCCAUGUUCAGCAGAACCACUUAUGGACUCUUCACUGAGCCCUGUGACCUUUGAGGAUGUGGCUGUGUACUUUUCCCAAGAGGAAUGGAGGCUCCUUGGUGAGGCCCAGAAAUUCCUGUACCGCGAUGUCAUGCUGGAGACCUUUGCACUGGUUGUGUCCUUGGGUAAGGCCCUCACCCCUAUCCCAGCAUCCUGGACAGGUCUCUGCCUUUCCCCUUUUCUCUAAGAGCAAGUCUGUUCUGUUCACAGCUAGACGGUGGGCACCUCUUUAUUACUGCGUCCUUCCCCUCUGUGCUGUGGGUGCCAAGACUGAGUGAGUGUGUGUUCCACCUCCUUUCACAGGUGGCCCCAAUGCCAGUGGCUGAAGUUUUCUCAGUAAAAAUUUUCUGUAUCAUAAGCCUUGGAGUUAGCUUAGUGAUUUCCAUUCAUUUCAGCCUCUCCCUGCCAAGUUGACUCUCUAGACCCCUGUACCUUUGUGCAGCUUCUGCCUCCUUCCUGCUGACAUUUCCUUGGGCCUCACUCUUUCAGGAAUUGUUGGGACCCAGCAUGGUCACCACUUAUGGGGUGCACUUGGCUAUAGCUGUGAGACUCAAAGAUUAUUUUUAUCAUUGUUUUUUUCUUGAAUUCUUUUGAGAUUGGUUGUUUUCUUAUGGACAGUACUUAACGCUAACCUGUCUUGUUCUUCUCUUAGAACGUGGAUCUUCUAAGUCCCAUGUUGUUGUCCAGUUGAAGCUGGGAAGACAACCUUGGGUAUAGGAGAGAAUGGACAUGAUUCCAGGCACAGGAAGCAGGGCUCAAAAUGGGUCUGGUCCUGGUGAUUGGCAUCACAGGGAGCAGUGACAUUGUGGCUGGAUUCAGUAAAAUUUUGAAUAUGUCCUGGCCCCAACACUGUUUGUGGUCUAAGAGCAGUGACUUGUUAUCUCACUUCUAUCUCUCCUCCAUUCUUGACACAUUCCCCCUGUGAUUUCUACUCUGGCUUCCAACCAGGAUUAUCCCUCACCUCUCUGGCUUCCACUCCUCAUUGUUCCUCAACAUCCUCACUCUUAUGCUUUCCACUGUUUGCCCAUGCUUACUGUGUCAUAAAACCUGCACCUCUCCUUAAAAUAGUCCUGAACACCAGCUACUCAGUGACACAAUAUCCUGGGCCUCGAUAUAGCUUUCCACACAGCACACAUGUGUCACCAGCAGCCAAGGCCCUGGUGAAAACCGUUCCUAUAGGAGUAUAUUGUCUGAUUGUGGCUCUUUGCACUACUUCCCAUCUUUGUAUGUUUGCCUGGUGAAUCUUCCCUAUUCUGUGAUCUGCAGAGGCCCAGUACAGCAGAUCGGGGCUUUCCUGUCCUACCCACAGUUCAUUUUUCCUGUUGGAUUUAAUCUUUCUAUGUCAGACACAAAUUUGUGAUGGAGUUGCCUCUUUGUACAUUUUUCUCCAUGAAGUUCACUACCAGGUUUUCUUUUUAAUUUCAGGGUGUUGGCAUACAGCAGAGAAUGUUUCUGUAGAAGUGCCGCAGAGAAAUACCAAAAAGACAGACCUCUCCAGCCAGAAGAUCUGUCCCUGGGAGAUGGGUAACCUGGCCUUAGAAGUUGGUUUGUGUGUACCCGAGGUCCUGCGAACAAACCCUGGCCAGACACUGUGUGGGACAGAUGUGAAAUCCCACCAGCACGGUGGAGAGAAACUCAUGAGAAGAGAUUUGGGUAAGGCCUUAAUGAAGAACUGCACAGUCCAUGCAUUGGAGAAGGCUUCUGUGUGCCAGGAGGCGAGGAAGGAUUUCCCUGGUAGCUCUGGCCAUGUCCAGCACCAGGUUAAACCACAAAUGAUGGAGUUUGUAGCAGAGUUUCACAAUGGAGAAAAGCGUUUCAAGUGCAAUGAGUGUGGGAAACUCUUCUACCGGAAGUCUAGGCUUGCUCAGCACCAUAGAGUCCACACCGGAGAGAAGCCUUAUGAAUGCAGUGAGUGUGGGAAAGUCUUUAGAUGCAGCUCCAGCCUUGCUAUACAUAGAAGAAUUCACACAGGGGAAAGGCCUUAUGAGUGUAGAGAAUGUGGAAAAUUCUUUAGGCAACACUCCCAGCUUGUUGUGCACCAGAGAAUUCACACUGGAGCCAGACCAUAUGAAUGCAGUGAAUGUGGGAAAACAUUCAGUACUAAAACCAAACUUGAUCAGCACCGGCGAGUCCACACUGGAGAGAGGCCUUAUGAAUGUGGAGAAUGUGGAAGAACCUACACCUGUAAACGCAUGCUUAUUCAGCACCAGCUAGUCCACACUGGAGAGUGGCCUCAUGAGUGCAAUGAAUGUGGGAAAGCAUUUAGAUACAUGGCCAGCCUUGUUAUGCACAGAAGAAUUCACAGUGGGGAAAGGCCUUAUGAGUGUAGUGAAUGUGGGAAGUCCUUUAGGCAAAGAGCCCACCUUCAAGUCCACCAUAGAAUUCAUACUGGAGCAAAGACUUUUGAGUGCAGUGAAUGUGGAAAAUGUUUUAGCCAAAAUUCUAUUCUUACUACACACCAGAGAGUUCACACUGGAGAAAGGCCUUACAAGUGCUGUGAGUGUGGGAAAUGUUUUAGCCAGAAAUCUACUCUCAUUAAGCACCUGAAUUUACACUGGAGAAAAGUCACUUGAGUGCACCAAAUGUGGAGAAUUUCUUUAACCAUAGCACCUGAAGGAGAAAAAAAAAAGCUGAAGAGUUCACACCACAGAAAGACCCCACAAGUGCAACAAAUAGGGAAAUAUUUUCUGUCAUAGGUCAGCUCUGAUUGAGCACUGGACCUUCACAGCCCAGCUAAACCCAAGAGUGCAGAGAAUGUAGGAAAGUGUUCAGCUGAAGGUAUAGCCACACUGGUCACCAGAAAGUUCAUCCUGAGAAAGACCUUCAAGCGAGAUGAAGAGAGAGGCCAGUGAGCUGUCUCCUUACUGAAUGCAUCUUACUGAACAGGCUCAGCUGAAAGCUGAUGCCAUCCAUGUGCACAGCCCUGGUGUGGAGAGGGCCUGUGGAUACUCGGUUCUCCGGAAGCUUUAAGGAGCUAAGAUCUACUUCCUUACCUGUGCAGCAACCUUGCCAGACUUCAUGUCACUGUGAGUUUCUUCCCUCUACCAAGCGGCAGAUUCCCGUUCUGGUUGUCAGUCCCACAGUAUGAUCAGGGUAGGUAGACCUUUGUGCUCUCCUGUCCCUUGGAGGGAAGCAUGAGUAGCCUGAGCACUUGGGUGAUGUCAUGCUCUUAGAUCCUGUCAGCUGCCUAGGAUAUGGCCUAAGCAGCUUUGAUCUUGGGCAUCCAGUGUGGGUUCUACUGGCAGCUCAUAGAGGUUUACUUUGGUGGUACUGGGUUGUGUCAUGUUCAAGAUGGAUUUUCUAGCUCCAAGUCACCCUUUGGGGAACUGCCUCAUUUUGCACUGCUUUGUGUAAAAAUAAAGACUAUUGUUUAAGGCAA